CUGUAAAUCGCGCCCUCGGCCGUGCUGAGGAUGGUUGCCAGUUAUGCCCUCGUUGGUGGAGCUCACUAGCACCAGAGGUGUUAUAACCAACAUGAGGGCGACCCGCACUAAACACAGCUUACUGCGUGUCUGCGUCCUGUCCUGUUUUAUCUUCCUGUCGUGGUCCACCUGCACCGGAAUCGUUGCCGGGCGAACAAUGGCCUCUCAUCACCCCACGCUGAGGCGCAGCCGUCGGAGUCAUCAGAGCGCAAAGCACACAGGCGCGCACCACCGGCCGCUGACGGACGAGCAGAAAGCGGACCAGUACGUGCAGUUCAUGCUCAGUUUGUACAGGAGCGCAGCCGAGCCGGACGGCAGGCCCAAACAGCACCGAAAGUUCGGCUCCAACACGGUCCGCCUGCUGAGACCCUCGGCGUCGUCGGUGCACCACUUACCAGCGUCGAGAGACCACCACUACACCUUCACAGUACAGUACAACCUUGACACUCUUCCCACGGAGCAGCUGAUCAGAGCCUCUUUCAUCCAUCUCCGCUCUUCGUCGUCUCCCUCCUCCUCCACAACUUCCAGCAGCACCCAGGCCCAUGAGCCGCCCCGCUGCACAGCUCAGAUCACCUCGGUCGGCCCGGAGAGCCUGGUCACCCUGGAGCCCCAUCAGCAGUGGACAGAGACAGACAUCACCGGACACGUCCUGCAGAGGAAGGACUGGGGCGCGGGGGGGCGCUUGACCCUCUCUGCACAGUACUGGUGCACAGAACCAGGGCUCGCUGAAGAGGACAGCAGCCUCUGGUGGUGGUGGUGGACUCGUCUUCGAGGAAGACAGAGAGAAGAACCUCACCUCGAAGUCCCAUCUCUUCUUCUGUACUUAGAGGAGGAGAGGGAAGUGAAGGACUGGAUGGGGGACUUGUUAGGGGCUGAAGGGGAAGACAUCAUGAAACAAAUAGGGCAGUGGCACCCUUCAGUUCACCGCCACCGUCGCUCCAAAGACUCCCAAUCUUCAGAGCCAAAGGAUCCUUCGCUGGACGCUCUGAAAAACGCCCCUACCUCUUCUUCCUCCUCCUCGUCUUUCUCCACCUCCCCCUCUGCCUCCAUCAUCUCUGACAUCCCCAACUACAAACGCAAAACCAGCAUACCCAAGAACCGCUGCAAGCUCCACUCGUUCCGCCUCUCCUUCGAUGAGCUCGGCUGGGGCCACUACUUCAUCGCCCCGCCGGUGUACAACCCCCGGUUCUGUCAAGGCGACUGCCCGAGGGUUCUCCACUACGGCUACCACUCCCCCAACCACGCCAUCAUCCAAACGGUCAUCAACGACCUGGGCGUCGGGGACGUCCCUCCUCCAUCCUGCGUGCCUUAUAAAUACAUGCCCAUGAGCGUGCUGGUUGUGCACAAGAAGAAGGUGGAGUACAGGGAGCUGGAGGACAUGGUGGCCGAGUCAUGCACGUGUCGCUAAAGACUCGGGAUCAGACUUUAAUACGCUUAGCACUGAGAGAAGAGACUGAAGGGGGCGAAUUUGCUGGGUCAUUUGUUUGAUCUACAGCUUGGCGGCUCACCACAAUGAGCUCGAGACUAGAAGGAGGAAGCUGUUGUGGUUUCAGAUCUUCACCAUCCCUGUUAAAGCACUUUAAAAGGCAGCUGCUGAAUGUGAACUAUGGGCUGCGCAGACUGGAAGAAGUCCCUACUCUCUGAUUUAAUCAUUGUUGAAUAAUUGUACUGUGAUUCUAAUGUGGUAGAAAACACUGUGCAAGUGAAUGUGCUGGUUGCUAAAUUCAGUCACUAUAGUGUUAUUUUUCUACUGAAGUUGAAGGGGAAGUUGGGGAGUGACUUAACAAACUUAAUUUAAGUGGUAAUUUGACUAAAACAAGCUAAACUUAAAUUCCAGGUCACUUCACAAAUGAAACGUCUGCUGUAACUUGAUAAACUUGACUAAACAUCAGUGGCACGUCUUAAGAAAACUUUAGGAGUAAGCACUGGUUCGUUUGUAUUAUUAAACUGAAGACAAACACAUGUAGAACACAUCUUCAAUUCAUUCAUCUUCAAUUUUCAGCCUCAAACCACAGUCAUCUAAUGAAUAUUUUCUUUCUUCUGCCCAUCUGUGUGUUCAUUCCCUUUUUUUUUUUUUUCCGGAUCUUUCUUUUCAAAAAUAAUCUGGUUCACAUCGGGGCUCUCUAAAAGCAAAAAAAAAAAAAAAAGCAAAAAAAAAAAAGCGUGUAAAAGAAGAAACA